UUUAGUUUUGUGAGUUUCUUGGGGACCGGAGCUGCCGUUGCGACUUUCUGUCGUAACACAUUCAACUAACAUCCGUCUUCUGAUACCGAAAAUAUAAAUUAGAAUGUUAAGAACUAAGAAGAGAAGACACCAUAAAAAGUAUAAGGUUCGCUAAAGCAUGAGCCACUGAUCAUCAUGAUAGAAGAAGGUGGGCGUUCGAAACGUGCGUUACGAACCGAACCCGCCUUGAUAGAAGAACCCAACUGCUGUUUCAUAUCACGUAGAGAUGAUACGAGGCUGUUUUGCUGCCGAUGCGCCCAUAAACGCCGCGCAUCACCUCUUACUUGUUUAGCAAUAUGCUUUUUAGUUUUGACAUACAACCUCCUUGGUGCGUUUUUAUUUCUUGCCAUAGAAGGCAAUUCACUCCCAGAAGAAACGUCAGUUGCUGCAUCAAAACCAAAUUUAAGCCAAACCCAAAGUGGUGAUCUGAGGUCUAAAACAGUGGAACGACUCUGGUCCAUAACCGAGGAUCUGAAUAUACUUUACAAGGAGAACUGGACGAAGUUAGCAGCGAAAGAGUUGAUGGACUUCCAGAAAAUUUUAAUAAAGUCAAUGCAAGCUGGAGAAAUACCCAAUAUAUCUUCACAUUACGACGCUAUGGACUAUCGUUGGACAUUUGCUGGCAGCUUUCUAUAUGCACUUACUCUAAUAACGACAAUUGGUCACGGGAGAGUGACUCCAAAGUCAUCAACGGGAAAGCUGGUAGCAGUAGCGUAUGCCUGUAUCGGGAUACCACUCAUAAUGCUAUAUUUGUCAACAAUAGGCGAAGCCCUUGCGAGAAAUUUUCGAGCCCUGUACUCAAAACUUUGCCCGGCAAGACUAAAAAGCGGAAAUUUUCACACAAAAGCCGAUUGUCUCAGUCGAUACUCGCUACCCGGUGUUGAGUGCAGGCAAUUUGUAGACUGUGAUAGGAAAGAUAAACUAUACGAUCGUCAGAAACGAACGCCGUUCCAAGCUGCUCUAAACCUUGACAGCUUUAGUGGAGGAUAUCAUUGGACAUGUCGGGACCAUACGCGAGUGCCAAUCGUUCUAAGUUUACUUCUCAUUGUCCUAUAUAUAGCUUUAGGUACGUUUGUAUUUCAUACAACGGAAAGGUGGACCUUUGUGGAUGGAUGUUACUUUUCCUUUUCAAGUCUCGCGACAAUAGGGUUCGGUAAUUUAAAGCCAGGACUGUAUGCCAGCACCGUUUCAGCGAAAACAGAAGAUAUGGCUGUCGGAGUGUGCUGUAUAUAUAUUUUAGUGGGAAUAGUUGUAGUAGCUAUGUGUUUUAAUUUAAUUCAGGAGGACAUGAGUUCGAUAUUGCGUGGUUUUACAUCACUCUGUACAGGCGGCUCGAAAACUCGUGCAAUUCACAGUGUGGAGAAAUGUGAUGAUAAGAUGUCCAUGGCCGUGGUGUCUUGA